AUGCAUGCACAUAUUGAGGUGGUCCAGAGGUCCAGCCAGAGGCAGGUGGACCUGAAGCUGCUGAAGCAGGAGGGCGGGUGGUGGGACAGACUGACGCUGCAGCCGAAGAAGCCUCUGUUUCUGGCUCCAGACUUUGAUCGUUGGAUCGACGAGAGCGACGCAGAGAUGGAGCUGAAGAAGAAGGAGGAGGAGAGGAUCAGCAGCAUCAGUGUGGAGUCCAGAGUCCGCAAAGACCCGUUCCUGGCGGUGAAGCGUGGGUACCUGUUCAUGUAUAACUUGGUGCAGUUCCUGGGGUUCUCUUGGAUCUUCGUCAACAUGAGCGUGCGCCUCUUCAUCCUCGGACAAGACUCGUUCUACGACACCUUCCACUCCACCGCAGACAUGAUGUACUUCUGUCAGAUGAUGGCCGUGCUGGAGGUGCUCAACCCCCUGCUGGGACUGGUCCGGACCGGAUUCAUCCCGGCACUGCUCCAGGUGAGUGGGCGGAACAUGAUCCUCUUCGUCGUCUUCGGCGCCGUGGAGGAGAUGCAGAACAAGGCCGUGGUCUUCUUCGUCUUCUACAUCUGGAGCUGGAUUGAGAUCUUCAGGUACCCCUUCUACAUGCUCGGCUGUAUGGGCUCGGAGUGGAAGUUGCUGACGUGGCUGCGCUACACUCUGUGGAUCCCUCUGUACCCUCUGGGAACCAUCGCUGAAGCGGUCGCCGUGGUCCAGUCUCUCUCUGUCUUUGAUCAGACUCAGAUGUUUGCUCUUCCACUUCCUGCGUUCGUCGGAGGUUCUUUGAGCUUCUCCUACUCACUGAGACUCUACCUCAUCCUCAUGUUUCUGGGUCUCUUCAUAAACUUCCGUCACUUGUACAAACAGCGGAGGAGACGAUAUCGCAGCAGGAAGAGGAAGCAGCAGUGA